AUGACGGCCAUCGGGUCCAUCACGGUGCAAGUUGCGCCCGCCAAGCCGGCCGCAGAGGGCCAGCCAGCGGUGUCUGGCGUCUACAGAAACAAGGCCUCGGCGGAGGCGCUGCCCGAGACUUACAGUGGCUGCAGCACGCUGUAUGAGCUGUUCAACAAGUCGGUGGAGCUGUAUGGCGGCAACAGGUGCCUGGGCUGGCGCCCGGUGGCAGAGGACGGCACUGCCGGCCCUUACCAGUUCAUCACUUACAAGGAGACGCAAGAGCGGGCUGUGCAGCUGGCUGCGGCGCUCAGCAAGGCCGGCUUCAAGCCCAAGGACAAGUUGGGCAUCUACUCAGCCAACAAUGUGGAGUGGAUGCUGGCCAUCCGGGCGUGCGACGUGCUGAGCGGUACCAUCGUCCCCAUCUACGACUCCCUGGGCGAGUCUGCUGUGGAGUACAUCGUCAACCACUCGGAGAUUUGCAUGGCGCUGGUGGACACACCCAACCUGGCCAACUUCUCCAAGGCGGCAGACAAGGUCAAGCAGCACGUCGGCACGGUCAUCUAUGUGGGCUCGGGUGACGAGGCGGCGCUGGAGGUGAUCAGGGGCGCGGGCAUCUCGGCGCAGUCCUUUGCCGACUUUGUGGCGGGCGGCGAGGGGGCUGAGGUGGAGGCGGUGCCGCCCAAGCCAGACGACAUCUGCUGCAUCAUGUACACCAGUGGCACCACAGGCACCCCAAAGGGUGUGAUGAGCACGCACAGGAACUAUGUGACAGGGGUGGCGGGGGCGCGCACGAUGCUGAAGCAGGCGGGCAUCUCCUUCAGCAACGAGGACGGCAUGCUGUCCUUCCUGCCGCUGGCGCACUCGUUCGACCGGAUACUGGAGGAGCUGGCGCUGUGUGUUGGCGCGCACAUCGGAUACUGGCGGGGCAACGUGAAGCUGCUGAUGGAUGACGUGGCGGCGCUGCGCCCCACGCUGUUCAUUGCGGUGCCGCGCAUCAUCGAGCGCGUGGAGGACGGAGUGCGGGCCAAGCUGAAGAAGGCGGGGGGCAUAUCCCAGGCGCUGUUCAACGCAGCCUACAACUACAAGCUGUGGCUGCUGAAGCGGGGGGCGCCCUUUGCCGUGGCGGGCGCUGUGGUUGACAGCGUGGUGUUUGGGAAGGUGAAGCAGGCGCUGGGCGGCAGGGUGCGGUUCAUCGUGAGCGGCGGCGCGCCGCUGGCGCCGCACGUGGAAGACUUCUGCAACCUUAACUCACGCCCGCCGCCCCCCCCGCCCGCCUGCCUGUGCAUGCAGGGGUAUGGCCUGACCGAGACGACCGCCGCCCGCCGCCGACACACACACACACACACACACACACACACACACACACACACUCCCCCCCUGCCUGCAGUGGGCCCCCCGCUGUGCGCCACCGAGUUCCGGCUGGAAAGCGUGCCGGAGCUCAAGUACGACGCCCACGGCAGGCCGCCCAAGGGGGAGGUGUGCAUCCGAGGCCCCAUGGUGUUUGCAGGCUACUACAAGGCAAGUGCUAAGACCAAGGGCGAGUUUGACGCAGACGGCUUCUUCCACACUGGCGACAUUGGCAUGCUGAAUGAGCAGGGGUGCCUCAAGAUCAUCGACCGAAAGAAGAACAUCUUCAAGCUGGCUCAGGGCGAGUACAUCGCCGUCGAGUUCCUGGAGCAGCAGUACUCCAGCAGCCAGCUGAUCUGGGUGUACGGCAGCUCGCUGGAGAGCUCCCUGGUGGCGGUGGUGGUGCCCAAGAAGCAGUUUGUGGACCAGCACCCAGGCCUGGGCAGCCAGGAGGCCAAGAAGGCGAUGUUGGCGGAGCUGUCUGCCACGGGCAAGGCCAAGAAGCUCAAGGGCUUUGAGGCCAUCAGGGGUGUGCACCUGGUGGAGGAGCACUUCAGCAUCGAGAACGACCUCAUGACCCCCAGCAUGAAGCUCAAGCGCCCGCAGCUGCAGCAGCGCUUCCAGACCGAGAUCGACGCCAUGUACCGCGAGCUCAAGGCGGCGGCGGCUGCGCGCGGCUGA